UUAUUACUUUCCCAUUCUUUUCUACUUUCAUUUACUCACGCUGAAAACAUUGCUCAUCCUUUCCCAAAUUUUUUGCAAAACUUUUUCAAGCUUCCAUGGCUCCCAAGAAGAAAGCAAGCAUCAAAUCGUCCAGCCGCCAAUUAACUCCAUCACCCUGUGCAACCUUGCAAGAAACAUCAGUAGCAAAGAAAGUAACUAGGUUUUUAGAUGGAGUAGUAGUACCGAUUUAUUGAGUGGUUUUCUGGCCGUAAUUUCUGCUAAGAACAAUAAAUUUUCCAGUAUGUUACCCAAAUGACUUCCCAAAGAAGUUGGGGCGCAUUUUGCGCACAUCCUGGAAAUGUAAAUCAUCAAGUUGUUUGGGAAUUUUACAUCAACUUAACUGAUGAAUCAAAGAGGCUUGUAUUCGUAUGUGAGAAAAUGGAACAUUGGUGGACUGUAGCAAUCAAUAAGUUAUUUGGAGUUGCUGAUGAGCCCUGCGAACAUGCCCUAUUUGUGGAGAAUUUAAUAGAUGAAGGAUUGGAGAAAGUCGGUCGAGAUGUCUGCCUCCCCGGGCGCUCUUGGAGUCAGUCAACAACAGGCGUUCGCACUAUAAGGCGAUUAGAUCUAUAUCGCGAUGCCAAGAACUUUAUUAAAGGAAAGUUUAGACCUGAAUGAGUCUCCUUCCACUUUAUCUCUUCCAAAAACUGUAGAGCAAUUCCCGACUAUCACCAAAGUACAGAUUGCUGAUUUAAAGAAGGAUGUAAUUUCGGUUGGUGCUAAACAAGACCAACUUAUGUCGCUACUAAGCCACACUCUGCAAAACCAAUCUCAAAUGCACAACGCUCAAACACAAUAUUGGAUUUAUGCUAAGCAACGUGACUUAGCAAUAAAAGCAAUGUUUUCCAACUUGUUUAAUGAGGCCGAGAGUUUGUUUCCAACUUUUCCAGCGACUAUUUUAGAAAAUUUAAUGUAAUCGACUAUGUCUGAUGCUAGACAUAGUUCAACAAGCACUGAAAAGAUCCCUACCGUACAACAUGUAGAUGUCAUUGAACCAUUGGCUACAUCUGAUAAACCACAACAAUUUGAGGAAGAAUCUGAAGAAGAGGAAGAAGACAGACAAUGUGAGACUAAGGAGGAUUCGGGUAACUCCACUGAAUUUCUACAAAAUAACGAGGAAUAUGAAGAAGAGGAAGACCAUGUUAGCAAUGAAAAGCUGCAAAAGAAGGGUAUCGCUAAAGUUGAUGCUCCAACAAAUCAAGCGAUUCUGAAUAUUAUUGCAGUUGUUCAGAAGCUAGUUGCGGCGAGUCAGCCAGAGAGCGCUUUUGACAAGGCCACUAGUCUAAAGAAGACAGAGAUUGCUGGAAAAAAUAAUCAGAUGAUACAACAUCCAAAUCUCCAACCUUUAAUGUUGCUAAGGAUGUUCCAACAUCGUCUAGUCAGAAGCGGAAGAGCUCGGUGAAGGCUAAAACCACUGCCAAGCGUCUACAAACAGAUAUGCUCAGCCCACGAAAAAGUCAUGCAAGCCCACUUAGGGGAGUAUUGCUUCCCUUUCUUUUAAUUUCCUUUGUUUAGUUUUAUUGUCUUGUAAGUUUACUUGUUGUUUUGAUGCUGUAAUGCAUUGGGGACAAUGCAUCCCUUAGGUUUAGGGGUGUGCUGCCAUGUGAAUAUUGCAUUUAGGUUAUGUUGCAUUGUGCAUUUAGGAAGUAUUGUUGUAGAUAGAGUUGCAUUAGUAAUGCCUUAGGAUAAUUUUUUAGAAAUUAAUAAAGGUUCUAAGGUAAUUUUAAAGAUGCCUGAUGAUGAUUAUGAAUUGUAUGAAAUGCUAUAGAGAAUGCUUUGGAUUUUUUUUCGAAAUUAGAUCCUUAGAACUUUUAUUUACACUUAGGUAUAUGUUUCCAAUACUUAGAGAAUUUAGAAAUCUAUAUUUCACACACUACACUCUGUGGAUUCUAAUUUUGAAAUGAGGAAAAUGCAUUUUCCUUAUUUGAGAUUAUACCUAUGCUGUAGAGCAUUAGCUGAAGGUUGAAAAAGAAACUUACUUGCGAUGUUGAUUUCUGGAAUUUAUUCUUUGGCAUUGCUGUAGGAUUAGAUAAUUCAUGCAUGUUUUGCUUGAGGGAAAACAAAGACUCGGGUUUGGGGGUGUGAUAACUCUCCAAAAGAGUUAUUUUAAAGAGCACUUUUAGCCUAAGUUUAGUUUGAUCUUAAGCAUUUUGAGGUGCAUUUUAGGAUUAAUUUUAAUUAGUUCUUAUGAUUCUUCAUGUUUACCUUUUGUGGGUUGCUUUGGGCUAAAAAUGAAUUUUAAUGCUGAAAUUGUGCAUUGACGUUGUAGUAUUGCAAGAAAUGUUGUGUAGCAUCCGAAUGAAGCUUAUGAUGAUAUUAUAGCAUUUCAAUGCUAUGUAGCAUCCCAAUGCUGUGGAGCAUCCGAUGACUCAGCUGUCAGUUAUGGAAUUAUCUAGAAUGGGAUAGUUAUCCUGGGCAGCUGUCAAAGGAUUGGAUCUUAUCUGAAAUGUGGCAACAAACCAUUGGAGGAUAAAAUUCCUCUUCGCCUAUAAAUAUGGCACUUGCCUGCUCAUUUAUACACACCAAAUAGGCAUCGAGUACAUCACAUUUCGAGAAAAAAAUCCACAAUUCUGCCAUUGUUUUCUUCACCCGAUAGAAGCCUAAGCCUUUUGCUAGGGAUUGUUACAGCAGAAAGGGAGCUCGCCGAGUAGCAUCGAUCAUCAGCAGAUCACUGUUCGAUCAUUUCAUCGAGAGAAUGGAGUGUUUGAAUAUACUUAAAUUCGUAUUGGAUGAUUUUUUGGAUUUAUGGUUUUAUGCUACUAUGAU